AAAAUUAAUGGAGACAUGUGUUCAAUUUUCUGAUUUCUUCAUAGAUUUUGUACUCAUAGCUUUAUACCUGUGAAAUAAUGUAAAUAAUAAAGAUCAUUUAUUGUAAUUUGUAUAAUUAUAUUAGAAAUUUGAAAUCAUUCAGCUAAGAUUAAGCAUCAUCAAAAAGCAAAAAUGUACUUUUUCUUUUUUUCUUGUUAAUUAUCAAUAUUAACGUAAUUGCAAUAAAUUUGUCAUUGUUGAACAAUUAGAUUCUGCAUAUAGCACAGUUGCUUUUCACUUAUAUACAUUUGAAAAAGAUGGGAAAGAAACGAAAUAUUCAACCUCUACCGCUUACUCCAAGUCGUGUUAAAGUAGAAAUAAAAGAUGAGAUAGGAGACAGUGAUGUUCUUAUUGCAAGAGAUAGAUUGAAAGGAGCUUUACGAGAAUUAUUGCAACAUAGUGAUUCUGGUUCAUCUGCAGAUUCCAGCGAAGAAAGUUCUACUCAAGAUUACAGACAUCAUAUGAGAAAAAUAGACAGCAUGUACAGGACAAAAUCUCUCCAUUUUCAUCAACCAAGAAAAAUAAGACGGCGUAGACAAGUACAAAUGGAUACAGCAUUUCACCAUACAUAUGUGAUGAAACUUUUCGAUCGCAGUGUAGAUUUAGCUCAGUUUCAAGAGGAUACACCGUUAUAUCCUAUUUGCAGAGCUUGGAUGGCUAAUCAACCAAGAAAUCCAACUCUUAUUCCAAAAAUACGUAGUCCUAGUCCUGAAAUACUUAUUGAAAUUAAUCAUCGUAAUAUAUUAGAUGUAACUGGAAAAGUACGAGAUGUUCAUUAUUUACCAACUCCUUUUCCUUGCGAAGAGGCAAUGCCAAGAAACCGUAUACCAUCUCCAAUAAUUCCUGAAAACGAAGAAUUAAAGUUAGAUUAUGAUGGACAAUCUCUCAAAUCACGAGAAGUAUUGUUAAGAGAACACAGAGUACAUUGGAAUGCUGUUCGUAAAAAAUGGCAUCAACGGGCGCAUAAAAAUGAACAACGUUAUGCAAAAAGCCAAUAUAUACUUGGUGUUAUAUUUAAAAGGGCACAAUCAGAAUUUGAAUGAUAAACAGCUAAAUCAUGCAUUAGUAUCUAUCAUUUAUAUAAAUAUUCAUAAUAUUUGGAAGCAACAUAUAUCUGCAACAUUAAAUGAAACCUAUUAUUAAAAUAAUUCUAUUUUUUUCUUUAUAUUAUUUAUAUAAAUAUAUUUUUAUCACAACAUAUUUUGAUAUUUGUUCUUAUAUUUGUAUUUAUGUCUUAUAACUCAUUGUCAAAUUUCACCUUUGUGUUUUGAUAUUGAUAUUUUUUUUCUUAUACAAAUUCAAAUAAAAUCCCCGCUAUUGUUAUACUACUAAAAUGGAUGAUUUUUUACAUGUUAAAAUCGAACUGAAUUUUGUUUUCAUAUUUUCUGUUUCAAGUUAUUGGUGUUAUCUUACUCAUAGUAAUAGCGUGUCGUAAUUUAAUAAUUAUAAUCGUAAUUAUUAAGACAAAUUAAUUAGAAUCAUAAUAAUAGAAUAUUUUAAGUUAUACUAGGAGAAAGGUGAAAACAAGUGAUUUUGAAGACUUGAGAAUUACAUGCCUUUUAUUUUAAAUAGUGACGGUGAUUGUAACUUACACUAUAUACUUUCAAGUAAUAGGACUGUAUGAUUGUUUCUAGUUGCGAUUUAAUCGAGUAUGAAACGUGCGUUUGUAUAUAUAUACAUGUAUAUAUAUAUACACACACAUUUUUUUUAAAGAUGUAAUUGUCAAGACCUCAUAGUUUUUGGAUUUUGUUACUAAAUUUGUUAUACUAUUCACUUUCAUUUCAUAUAAAAUGUAGCUAAGGAAUAAAUAACAUAAUUUAAAUUA